UUUAAAAUUCUGGGACUUCCGGUAUUUCCCUCCAAAACUUAAAAUAAUUCUAAAAUUACUCCUAAAAAAAUUUAAAUAUUCCCUGUAUUGAUGGACAAGCAUUGGAUAACAAACUCCAAUCUCCUUGGUAACAAAUAAAUUUAUUUACCGUGAAAAUAUGGAGCGAAGAGAUCGUGAUUUCAAGAAGAAACGCCUUCUGAGCAAGUUCGAGGCAAUUCGAUCAGAAGAGGAGGAAGUUGUACAAUACCACGAUACAAUAAUCCCAGUUCUCAGUGAAAAUUCUACAAUCCCACGAGAAAUCCUCCAGUUUGACUAUUCUUUCGGCUACAACUGCAAAAAGCUCUCUAAUCUCUGUUUGAUCGAUAAGAAUGUCUUGGUGUUUGCUUCUGGGAAUCUCAUUCACUUCCUGAACACCUCGAAGUUGUCUGUGAAUGUGCGAAUGAGCGAGGGAGGAGUUGGUAUUGGUAGUAUUGCUGUCAAUCCCAAAUACAAUUAUUUAACUGUUGGAGAAAAUGGUCAGGAUUCUGCGAUAUAUCUCUAUGAGUAUCCCAGGAUGACUAUAGUGUCCAAAUUAAUGGGAGGUGGAAGUGCUACAAUAUCAUCACUUGCCUACAGUAGCAAUGGGGAGAUGUUGGCAUCUCAAUCUGGCCUUCCAGAUUUAAUGCUGACCAUUUGGAAUUGGCGUCAGGAGAAAAUUGUCUUACAGCAGAAAUCCUUCAGCAACCUCGUGUUCAAUCUUCAAUUCUCCUCAGUCAGUGACAUGUCCCUGAUUACAUGUGGUGCUGGACACAUUAAAUUCUGGAAGAUGUGUCGAACUUUUACAGGAUUGAAGCUCAAGGGACAACUUGGGAGAUUCGGAAAGACAACAAUUUGUGACAUUUACGGAAUCCUGGCCAUAGAGGAGGAUAAAGUACUGUCGGGAUGCAGUUGGGGGAAUAUUUUGGUGUGGGAGAAAGGAAGGAUUCAGUAUGAAGUGUGCAGGAAAAAUCGAAGACCUUGCCAUUCUGCUCCAAUUAUGCAAAUUCUCUGGCAAAAUGGAGAAGUCUUUACGAUUAGUCUGGAUGGGUAUGUUAAGGUCUGGUACUGGGACACUGUAGAGUCCUCAGCUCCAUGUUCUGAAGAUGAGGCUUUUAUUGAAAUUGAACCUCUCUAUGAGUACUUCAUUGGCCAUGAACACCAUUCAAGUCAAUUGAUAUGCUUGGUGAAGAAAUCCCCUCUGGAUCCCAAGGAUUUCAUGUGGAUGGCUCAGGAUGGCAAUGGAGGUAUCUGGCUGUGCGAUAUCAGUCCAGAACCUUUCCCUAAACCCCCUGUCCAGCUUUUUAAAUGCCACGCAGGAGAGAUUGUAGCUAUUUCUGCUAGUCCUACAACUAGCCACAUUGCCACCCUUGGGAGAGAUGGAAGAUUGCACAUCUACAACUAUGAGAAUCAUCAGUUAAUCCUGCAGCAUCAAUUUAAAUCCCUUGGGGGUGAUAUGAUAUGGAUGCCACUUGAAUGUGAUCCAUCUGGACGUAUUUUGAUCUCAGGCUUUGACGAUGGAGCACUGAGAAUGGUAUUUCUCGAUCUGACCAAUAAAUCUCUUCAUCUCGUUCAGGCAAUCAAAGCCCACAAAGAACCCAUUAAAACCCUCUCCUUAAACCCCACGGAAAAUCUUCUAGCUUCAGGUUCUGUCGAUCAAACUGUAUUCAUCCAUCAGCUGAAGAAAACAAACAAUUUGAUUCAUCUCUAUCCCAUUGGAUUAAUAAAAAUGCCCUCGGUAGUCAAUUCAAUGACCUGGAACCCGAGAAAUACUUCAAAACUCCUCAUUGGCUGCCAAGACAAUGAAGUUCUUCAUGUAAAACUUCCAGAAAGUCCCAAAUUCUUCACAGAAAACACCUUUUUCAUGGCAAAUGUGGAGAUUCAGGAGCUUCAAUGCCUUCCCAAAAAGCAAGAAGUCCAGAGAAUGAAGAGAAUUACAGAAGUAUGGUAUAAAAAAGCAAUCAUGAAGGAAUUUAUUCCGACUUAUGCACCAAAAACAAUUGGGAAAGCACCAUCUGAGGACGAUUCCAUGGAGAAAUUCACUGCAAGCUUUCAGAAGGAGGAAGCUGAGCGAGAGACUAAGGAACUAGAUCCUGGACAAAUUAUUUGGCUGAAGUUCAUAGAGGAGGAUGCCUUUUGGAUUGCAAUGUCUGGGGAUGAGUGUGGUUAUCUCUAUGAGUACAAAUUCGAAGAGGAAUUCAAUCCUGUGAGAUGCAUUACAAUCCCAGAAGCUGAAGAUUUUGAAAUUAAUUCAUACCUUUAUAAAGAUGAUUUGCUGAUUUUUGGCCUAAAUAAUGGAAUGAUUCGCUUGACAAAGAUUCAAGAGGAUAUCCGCUGCUUUUCAGACUUUUGGCAAUUGGUAAUGCAUGGCAAUCAGAAAGGAACAAUCCCUCGUUUAGUCAAUAGUCACGACAGAAAGUAUCUCUUUUCAAUUGGACACGAUGGUAACAUCUUUUCCUAUCGAUGGAAUUCCCUAGGAAAUCCUGAAAACCCCUCUCAAGAAUAUGAAGAAACCUUACUUCCUUCAGACUUUGAGGAGGUCCUAGACAAAGAUUUCUCCCUAACGCUAUCCCUCGAAGAAGAGAAACAAAAGAUAUCCGAUGAGUUGCGUGAGAAAGAGAGUCAAAUAAAGAAACAACAAAUUCGUGAUAUCCUAACAAUCUAUCGUGAAAAAUUUCAAGACAUAAUUGAGAGGAAUUCACAAUUGCCAGAAGACCAGAGAAUUGGCGAAAAUGAUGACCUACAAAUUGAUGAAAGAAUCAAUAAGGCCUUGCAGAAUUCUCUUGAAAAAGAGAUGAAUCUCCUGAAGAGAAAAAUGGCUUUUGACGUUGAAAAAGCCAAAUUGGCCAGCAGCAAAAUGAAGCACUAUUUUAUAGAUCCCUUGGAGACCUAUCCUAUCGAAGUUACAGGUCUCAAUACCGUCAAAAGUGUCAAAUCUUUCAGGGUCCAGAAACUCAAUGAAGAAUACUUUGCCUGCAAAGCUGAUCUGGACAGAAGAAUUCUACUAGAUGUGGAUAGAAUCUCAACCAAAGAACAAAGAUUGUCAAUUGAAUUAAACAAGAAUUUAGGCUUCAGCCAUAAACCAAUUCAGGCUGAAGGGGAAGGUGUUAAAAUGAAUCGAAUUGAGUCAUUUCUCAAGGAUCUAACAGAAACCAAGGGUACAUUUAAUCUUCACAUGAAGAUGAGACGUCUCCUGAAUAAAUAUCAAGAGCGCAAAUCCAGAGAAAUGGACAGAAAACGCGAAUGGGAAACUGUUAAUUCUCAGAAACCUAAUAUCAAUGUCAAUCAUCCAGAUGAUGAAAAAGCUCUGAUCGAUGCUAAAGCCACAAUUGGGGAUUACAAACUUAAGACAGAUCUUAAGCAUUUACCCAUAGAUAAUUCGCACAAUAUGCUUCUGGACAAAUAUGAUGAAAUUUUGAAAAUUCGUGAGGAAAUUUUCCUGAAGAAGAAUGAGUACAAUGAGAAAAUUUUUGGUUUGCGCCAGAGAAAAGCCGAUCUUGUGGCUUCUAUUGGGCGUCAAUCUGAGAAAUUGAAGGAAAUCCAUGAGGAAAUCCCCGAAAAUGAGAGACAAUUUAUUCCAUCGUACAAUAGUAUCAAUGAAAAAGUAGAAUAUCCAGAGAUUUCUCUGAAAAUCUUCGAUCAAGAGGAUGUAACUGGCCUAUCUCGAGAUGAUUCUAUCAGAAAAAAAAUUGUGGAUGAAGAAUCAUCUGUCGCCCUCGAUAUAGAUGGUUUGGAGAGAGAAAUUCUCAAUCAUUCAGAGAAUGGUGAAACAUCUUGUGAAAUUGAAUUAAGAAAAGCCCGAAUGUCUAGAAAACUCUUUGAACAGAAGCAAUUAACUGAAGAUAUUAGUGAAAGAAUCAAUGAUUUCGACGAUUGUCUUUUACAGCUGGAUCAUGAAAGACUCACUGUAGAGUUAGAUGUUAAAUUCCUCGAAAUACAUCUGUUGACACUCAAUGAAGAACUGGAAAUCCUAAGAGAUUUUGAGGAAAAGGAAGUAGCUCUUGUGGAGCACGUUGAUGCUAAAAUGCUGGAAAAUAGUCAACUUCUAGGCACAAUACUGAGUCAUGAGACAAAAUUGGAAACUUUAAAGAAGAAUUUGACUAAAUUGAAGGAUGAGGAAAAGAAUUUUCAUGUUAAAUUUCAAGAAAAUUGCUCAGAAAGUCGUUUCUUCAAGAUUUUCAAAGCAAUUUUCGAUGGAAAACAUGGUUCGGUGGAAUUUCCCCCAUCCCUUCCAGUUGGCUCCGUUGAAACUGGCAGCCAAGAGUGUUCUUUCCGCUAUGAAGAUGACACGAUUGAUGAAUACGACAAGGAAUUGUACCAUUUUGUCUUACAGCUCAGAAGACAAAUGCUGGAAAAUGGUGAGACUCAAUUUUCUGAACAACAGAAGAUCACAGAGACAAAAUGCACACUUGAAAAAUUAACGGACACUAUCAAGGAUGUGCAGAAGGAUUUGGCAGAGAAGCAGGAGAAUCUUUUAAAAUCACGGAGAGAGAAGCAAAAACUUCUGAAUGACGUGAAGACUGUAGUAGUUCUCCGAAUGGAUCAGCUUCAGUAUUUUCGGGAAAGAAGUGGAUUUGAGAGUGUGGAGAAGACUCUGCUUUUCACCAACGAAAACGUGGCCAAGCUCUAUGCUCGAGUAGGGCAAUUGGCUGUUGAAACUGUGGAAGCUAAGAGAAAGCAUCGCGUGAACAUUGUUCAUCUUUCUCGCCUCAAAACUGACUGCCACUGCAUGGAGAGUGAGAUAACGCAACUGAAGAUGGAUAUCAAGAGUACAAUGAUGAAGAAGUUCGGUAUGAUUGUGAAUCUAGAUGAGCUACAGGAAGCAGUCUUGAGACGUUUAGUCUUCGAGAUCCGCCUAAAUAUCGACAGUAUCGCUGAGGAUUUCGACAGGAAGACAGCAGAGCAGAAGAGAAUAUUGUCUGAGAAGAAGAUUGAUUUGAUCCGAGUGAUUCGUGAGGGUACAGAUAAGCUGAACAUACUGACAGUCCUCCAGGAAGAGCAGAAUUUUCUCAAUGAAUUAUUGGCUCAUCAAGAAAAAAUUCGCGAGAAUCGGAAAAUCAAGAGGAAGAUAGACUUCUCUAGAGAUCUUGAAAAAUUGAGAGAAAUUUCGAAGCAACAGAAAAAUCAGAUAGAAUCCCUUCAGAGGGAAAUUCGUACACUUAGCUUAAAGUGCAAACCAUUCGGAUCUCUAGGUAUGGAUACCAUGGAAACUCCUCGGGAUCGCAUUGUGGUUUUUGAUCAAAAGGAAUAUGAGGACUCAAUAUUUGCCAGUGUCAUUGAUUCUGUGCCAAAUAGCGAUCGAGGAGGAUCACCAGACUUCCUACUUUCAAUGGAGAUAGGGACAAUUGUGACAGCUUUCCUUCAGAAGAGCCUGGGAAAGCGCUUUGGGGAGAAGCAUGUAAAGCGAUGCUGCGAAAAUCUCACUAAAUACUUCCUCAAUGUUGCUAAAAACUUUGAUUUCAGUAAAAGUGAAGAGCUCCUACCCUGCAUUGUGCAGGACUUUCACUCCUACCUUCCAGAUGAAUGUCGCUGGUCAAUAUCAGCGGCUGAUAUUGCAAAUGUUUUCGAGAGAAUCAUUACAAAAUUCCGUACUGAAGAAAAUGAUGUUGACUUUAAGGAUGUCAUCUCCGGAAUUGUUGAGAAUUCCGUGGAAAUUGUCACAGUGACUAGAGCUGAAUCCUACACAGACGCUCUUAUUACUGAAAUCUUCAGACAAAUCUGUGUUACAUUGCAAUUGUCUGACUUUACAGACAAAAGUCACAUUAAUCUACUUGUGGAUGCUGUAGCUGCAAUUUCUGAUAUAAACUUACAUCUGGUGAAUAUCCAUAAAAUUGUGCAAGAUGUUGAGGAAUUUGCCACAACAAAUUUAACUGAUGAUAUCGACUCGAAUUUUAUUAAAACUCUUAUUGAAAGUUUUUUGGAAAAACUGCAGAAUAAAUUAGCUUAA